GACAUCACAGUAUGACAUUGGAACAUCACAUUAUUGGAAUACUGCGAUGGCUGGACACAGGCUUGAUAGGCAGUACGAAGGUGAAGCACAAAGUGUCUGCAAGAAAGGCUGUCUGAGCUUUGUAACUGGGUCAGAAGAAAAUGCGCUAAGGAGUUAUUUCUUGUUUUUUAAAUCAAAGCGUACUUCUAUUGAGGCUGAUUGUAAGUGUGCUUGAUCCAGCCAUAGAAGAAUGUUAACAGAGUCGUACAGUAUCAUCUGACCUACAGACUAAAUCUGAAAUCUCUGGAGAGCAUUUUGAAACUCUUCUCCACAUAUAUUUCCUUCUUAGAAGCUCACUAACAAAAUGAAUACUACAGAUUUCGGUACGACAGAAUAUUCUUUUGAUACAGACUACGCUUCUCUUAUUACAGCCCCUUGUUCCAAGUGGGAAGUCAGAAGCUUCACAAAAGCGUUUCUGCCAGUUGCAUACUCAGUGAUUUGUAUCAUCGGCCUAGUUGGUAACAUCUUUGUAGUGAUGACCUUUGCAUUAUAUGAACGAACCAAGUCCAUGACGGAUGUGUACCUCUUCAACAUGGCCAUAGCGGACAUACUGUUUGUGCUCACUCUCCCUCUGUGGGCAGUGAAUUAUGCUGCUGACAAAUGGAUUUUUGGUAAUUUCAUUUGCAAAAUGGCCAGAGGUAUCUAUGCAGUCAACUUCAGCUGUGGCAUGCUGCUUUUGGCCUUUAUCAGUGUGGACCGGUACAUCGCAAUUGUACAGGCAACAAAGUCAUUUAAACUCAGGGCAAGAACACUCGCAUACAGUAAAUUGAUUUGUUUGGCUGUGUGGGCAUCAGCUAUCUUAAUCUCCAGUGCCUCUUUUCUAUACAGUGAAAGUUAUAAUAUCUCCAUUAAUGAAACCAAAGAGAUUUGCGAUCACAGAUUUGACAAAAUGUCUGACAGCACUGUCCUGAAAUCACUGCUGCUGUGUCUACAAGUGGGAUUUGGAUUUUUUAUACCUUUCAUAUUCAUGAUUUUUUGCUAUGCAUUCAUUGUCAAGUCCUUACAACAAGCCCAGAAUUCCAAAAGAAACAAAGCAAUCAAUGUGAUUGUAUUAAUUGUAGCUGUUUUCCUAGUUUGCCAGGUGCCCUAUAACACUGUUCUUCUUGUGGCAGUUGUAAAUAUGGGCAAGAAAGAGAAAUCUUGUGACUUUGAAAAGGGAAUGGCCUAUGCAAAAUAUAUCACUGAAACCAUAGCAUUUUUACACUGUUGCUUGAACCCUGUACUCUAUGCAUUUAUUGGAGUGAAGUUUAGAAGUUAUUUUGUGAAGAUCAUGAAGGACCUUUGGUGCAUGAGGUACAAGAAGUACAAUAAACGUAGCUCAAGGACAAAUUCUGACAUUUAUCAUUCACGACAAACAAGUGAAAUUCUGACUGACAAUGCAUCUUCUUUUACUAUAUGAUACAAUUUUUACAACAUUAUUUCUGAAGGACUCUGUUCACCAAGCAACCUAGUACAGUCUCACUGUGUCUGUAGUAGACAGUCUUUUGGGGCUUCUCUCUACCUCAAGGGGAGCAACCAGGACUUACAAUUCCUUUCAGGAAAAUAAUUAAGAUAAAAGAAUAACACCGUCCCACGGAAAACUGAGAUUUUAUUUACUUCUUUGAACAUUCAUCCUCUUCUAAAGUGCACUCUCAGAAUUAUCAGAAAAGUGAAGUUUACAGAGGAACACUCCUUGUUUCUAAGAAAAAUAUUGUGUCUUGUCUGUCCUACAUCUCUGAAAUAUCUCAAAAGCACAAAGGAAAUGAAUCAGGCUAUGUCCAGGCUCAUUAUACUUACAUUUAUGCUGUUGUUAUUAAGUAUUUAUACCUGGGAGUCUUAUUUAAGUGUAGGUCUCCACUGUAUUUUUGUGGUAGACAGGUCACUCUAUGGAUAAUACUAACAUAAAUGGAUGAUAUUUUGAGCAAAGUACAGCAAAGAAAGCUAACGAAGAAAUGAAGAAAGGUUCCAGGAGUAGCUGGAAUAGCUGGGCUUAGAUGUCAGAUCUCAUAAAUCUUUGCCUGGUUCUACCCUCCACCUGCUCAUCAAGAAUUGCAGAAGCUUAUGCCAAGGCUGAGGCUGGUCAAUGCUGACACAGAUAUCAAAAAGAAUGUUUAAAAAAAAAAAAAAACAAAAACCAAAACAAACAAACAAACAAAAAUGCAAAAUAAAGAGCACUGGAAGAGGCUCCUCAGAGCAGUGCUCAUAAUACCAAGCCUGCCAGAGUUCAAGAAGUGUUCAGACAAUGGCCUCAGAAGUACAGUUUCAUUUUUUUGGGAGAGUCUCGCACAGAGCCAGAAGUUGGACUCAAUGAUCCUUGUGGAUCCCUUCCAAUUUGGGAUAUUCUAUAAUUCUAUAAUUGACAUAUGUGCAGAGAGGUUUUUCUGACAUUUAAUUACUUAUCUUCUAAACUGACAAAAGGUCUUUACUUGGGACAUUCUUCUCUUCAUUUGGCACUGGAUUGCAGUUCUGUGCUCUUUCGAAGCUGAUCACCUUGUGAACAUUUCUUGGUGUGUUGUUUCUUUGUGUUGUUGCAUCUUUCUAGCUGAAAUUCACACUCCACAUUCUAGAAGCCAGCAACUGAACAGAAAUGCCUAUAGUCAAAUUCCAACUCUUUCUGUUGUAACUAGAUUGGUUGCAGAACUUUUAUUUCUUUGUAUUUUGCUACCACUCACAGUUUCCAUAGGAAGGGAUUUACUAGCACCAAGUAUGUACGUAUGACUUAAUUCAGCUGGAAUUUUUGACUAGUUAGUCAGCAUUUUACUUACUCUGAAUAUAGGGAUAUUUCUAACAAAUGCAGAUAGUUUUAAGCAGUAGAUCCAACUGGAAAGGACUUUCCAGUAGACCCUCAGUGAAAUUUCUGUUCAUUGAGAGGACGUCACCACCCUGUAACAAUAUGUGAGGUGGCCAGGUAAACAGGAUAAGGAGUUGAUGCAUAUCAAAGAGAGGAAUGUAGGUAACAAUGAGAGCCCCACGACUUUGUGAUUGCAGUGUGCUGAAGCUCCUACCAGUUUUCUGCAGUUCUUCUGCAAUGAGGGCAAAUUGAUUUACUGUUAUGCGUAAUAUUCCAUUUCUAUGGCAGAAAUAAAUGAAUGCAAUAUGCAGCUGGAUGUUUGUCUUGGAUUUUUUUAUGCUCAUGGCUGAGGAGACAGGAUUUUGAAUCAGUAACCACAUCUUUCUGAGCAAUGCAAAGGGACAAGAAUAGGUCUGAAGAAAAAAAAAAUAAAAAAAAAUCUUGAGGAAUGGUGUUGAUAUGGUAUGAUUUGAAAUGAGUAUUGAUUGUGCUGGUGUAAUCCAUCCUUGUUUACAGUGCACUGUGACAUUCUUAAAUGUCAAUGCCUGGUGUUAUAAAGAUGUGUCUACUUAUCAUCACUGAAUAAUAACUUAGGUAAGAAUAUGAUUCAAAAUUAUGUAAAUAUGUAUGUUUGCAUUUGUUGUAUAUAACUCUGGUGAUUUUCCAUGUGAUAAUUCAACAAAUAAAAAAUGUA